AUGAGCAACACGAUCAACGACCCUCUUACGGCUGGAGCCGCGUACGCCGCCAGCGCGCAGCCCUUCUCGCCGCUCCCGAGCGGCGCCAGCGCGCCUCGCUCCCUGCCACGCCGCUGCUUGAGCCGGACGGCGGAGAUCGCGAGGGAGCUCUACCACGACUUUCAGCGGCUCAGCCCGCUGCGCAAGUGGCAAAUCUCCAUUGCGGGCUCCUGCUUCCUCGGCUUCUGCUUUGGUCUCAUCGUGAUGGCGGCCGCACGGCCGGGCACCGCCGCCGUGGUCAAGCCGGAGCAUGCGCACCACCUCUCGCCCCCGCCCCCGCCGCACGUACACCCCGCGGGCCCGCUCAAGCCGGGAGAGAUCCUAUUCGAGGCGCACCGCGCGCUGGAGAUGCCGACUCCGAACGGGAGCUACGCGCUGCUCGGCUUCUCGGACGUUGCUGUGGACGGCCAGUCGGAGGGCCUCGCGCACAACAACCCGCUCUGCAGGGAUGGGCAAAAGGGCGCCGCGAACCAGGUGCUGCAGGCCGCCAGCGAGGGCAAGCCGGCGCCCGCCUCCUUCCCUCCCGGGUACGGCUACCUCGUGCCGGGCGACGGGCGCUCCUUCUACGCCGAGGUGGCGCUCAUGCGGACGCAGGGGCUGGCCGGGGAGCGGCUGCGGGCGGCCAAGGAGUGCCGCGAGUGCUACUACGCCGAGGGCAAGGGCAGCGCGUGCACCGCCAAGGCGAACGGCACCCUCGCUUGCUGCGGGCAGGGCUCCGACCCGGGCGAGGCCUUUUGCCCGGCGACAAACAGCUCGGGGGCGGCGCGCCACCUCAAGGUGCGGCUGCGGUACACGGUCAAGUACACCCGCGAGACCUGGCGGGUGACGCCCCUCCAGGUCGGCGUCCUCCCCGCCGCGCCGCACUGCGCCGAGCACUUUGCCGUCCUGCGCAACGCCUCGCGCGAAAACGUGCGAAUCGCCUCCAACUACACGAUGCCGUUCGCCGCCUCCGUCAAGCACGCGACCGCGUACUUGCGCGCUGGCGCCGAGAACAUCUCGCUCUACGUCAACGGGCAGCGGCGGUGCGCCUCGCACGCUCGGUACUCUCCGCUGCACAACGUCACGCACGAGGGCAAGAACGGGACAAACAGCAGCGAGCUCGCCGGCGGCGUCCUCACGCACGCCACUCACUGCGUCUCCCCUGAGGGCGGCCCGCUCUCGCUGCGCAAGGGCGACUCGCUCCUCGUCGAGGCGUGGUACUUCGCCGGCCGACACGACAAGCGGCUGCCCUGGUCCGACGGGACGCACCUCAACGCCGCCGCCCACUUCUUCCUCGCCUUCGAGCCCGACGCGCCCAUCUCCGACAUUGGCUCGGGCGAGGCCGUGGCGGAGGAGGACGAGGGGGGCGAGGCCGCGCUCCUCGACGCGAUGGGGCCACUGUAG